AUGGCCUUGAAUCAACAUCAACCUCUUCCUACCGCCAAGCCUCCCUCCUCCAACCUAUGGAAACGGAUCGGUAUAGACGCCAUGGCAGCCACCACUGCUAGUGCGUUGAUUUCCCCCUUCAUUCUUACCAUUGAUCGUUCGAUCGUCGAAAACACGAGCGGCCGUAGUUCUCUCUUGCGUUCCGUCUCCCACUCCGUUAAGCGCAUCCUUUCCCGUCCCCACGCAUUUAUUUUUAGUCUUCCCUUUGCCCUUGUGUUUUCCAUUUAUUCCGGCACUUAUAUGACCGCCAAUACCAUCGACACCAUUGACAAUGUUCGUUACAAAAACCCUGUUUAUAAGGCUGAAACUACGGGCUUUGUGAAGUUCUCCUCCGUCACCGCUGCUAACAGUGGUCUAUCCAUUCUUAAAGACAGCUUUUUCACCAAAUUCUGGGGUACUGGCUCUCCUCGUCCUCUGGGCUGGCAAAGCUACGGACUUUAUGGUCUCCGUGAUGCUCUAACCAUUGCAUUUUCUUUCAAUAUACCACCUAUGAUUGCUCCAUUUUUGCCUGGUGGUCUUGUUACUGCUCAACUAGCUACCCCUUGCAUUGUGCAGUUUGUUAGCACUCCCCUCCACUUGAUGGCUCUCGACAUAUACAACCGCGGCGGUCCCAACAUAACAGUUGCGAACCGCAUGGUCCAAAUUCGUAAAAACUUGUUGAAGAGUACAUUUGCCCGUGUCAUUAGAAUUCUUCCUGCCUUUGGUAUCGGCGGUGUAACCAAUCGCAAACUUCGAACUUCUUAUUUGGAUGCUCUUCAACAACGUACCUAUAAAUCUCAACAGUUUGCUGUUGCCUAA